UGACUUGAAGGCUCGCAGAAACGCCAUUCAUGACAGUAUCAAGCAAUUGGAUUCUCAAAUCAAGAGGAGAACUGGUGAGAUUCAAGACAGAAUUGGUAAAAAGUCAAAGUACACCACUACUGCUGAAGCCAAGCAAAGAAUCAAUCAAAUUGAAGACCAGAUCUCAACUGGUGAUAUGUCCUUGGUUGAAGAAAAGAUGCUUGUCAAGGAAUUAAACUCAUUGAACAAGUUGAUCAAGGAUUUGGUUGCCAUCGAUCCAAUCAAGAAAGCGAUCGACACU